UAUACUGGCGACGCGAGUUAGCGUCGGCAAAGGUCCAAAAUUUUUCCAUUUCCCGCAAUUUAUUUGGUUCGCCGCUCAAAUCCCUAUCUCAAAACCCCAUCUCUCUCAAAUCCUCUCUCCGCUUCUCCCUCUUCCAUUCGCCGCCGCCCUCCCACCUCAGCGACGGACCCCUCCUCCUUCCCAGAUCCGUGCCGCCCGAACCCCCAGCGCCGCCUCCCCACGCCGCCGUCGCCACCUCCAGCCUCAUCACCACCCACCGCCGCUCCUCCUCCCUCCUCUCCGCCGCUGCCACCUCAGCCUCAACCCUCCGCCUCUCUCCUCUUCGCCACCACCCCGCCGUCCAGGUCCCCUUACACCGUCAGCAACCCCUAAUUUCGCCGGUGAUAAGGCCCAGUUGAGCUUGCAGCUGUUGGUGUGUCUAUUGCAGUAUUCAACCAAGUAUCAAGGAUUGCAAUAUUUCCACUUGUUAGCGUCACAACCUCCUUCGUUGCUGAGGACGAUGCUACUUCAAAAAUGGCUACUGAGCUUGAAAGUGGAGAUUCAGAAAGGUGUCCUUCUGAAAACAGUGAAUUAAAAGAAUUAAUUCCGACGAAUGAUUCCUUUUGCGGGAACUGGCAAAAGUGGAUCCAUCCACUAUGAACAAUGACCAGAAACUGGCAUUUUGGAUCAAUUUGUAUAAUUCAUUGAUAAUGCAUGCCUACCUAGCAUAUGGAGUUCCAAGAAAUGACAUCAAGUUCUUUGCUCUAAUGCAAAAGGUAUCUUAUACUAUAAGAGGUCAAUCAUUCAGUCCAGCCGACAUUGAAUUUGUCAUUCUAAAGAUGAAACCUCCACCCCAUCAUCCACAAAUAGAAAUAAUCAAAGAACUGAUGGAAAGGCUACCACACAUGAAAGAGCUUAUGGAUAUGUACUCUACUGCUGGAGAUGUUGAUGCUGCUGUGACUGCUGAAGCUGUUGAAGUUAGUGCUGCUGAAGCUGCUGCUGCUGCUGUAGUUGUUGUUGUUGCUGUUGUUGAAGUUUAG